AGUAUAUAAGGAAUAGCUACUCUGACAAUGCGACAAUAGGCAGCAUACCCCAAUUCACACUCGCUCAGACCAUCUCUCAUCCACGCAUCUACAGCGCAACCCCGGCCCAUGACCGCAGCAACGCGCAGGCAAGCACAUCAUCACCACAGCCACGCGCAACCCAAAGCAUCGCAUGCAUCACACUUGGAGCAGCAAGCAUCUACAGCACUAGGUAGGCAGGAAGAUCCUCUAUUAGCGCGCAGUCCUCCCGCUGCCAAGAAUCUACAGCAUGUCCCCUGCAAGUUCUAUCGCUCUGGUCAAUGUACAGCUGGCAGAAAUUGUGUCUUUUCACAUAUAGUCGAGCAAGAACAAGAGCGCGCACCGUGCAAGUACUUCCAAAAGGGCAAUUGUCGAUUUGGCAACAAGUGCGCACUCGCCCAUAUCCUACCAGACGGCCGUCGUGUCAAUCAUAAUACACCUGCAUCGAAUGCGCAUCGACAGCAACAACAACAACAGCAGCAUGGUCUUGCGAUUGGCCCAAGGAUUGUUCCUGAACAUCGUGGUAGGCAUCAAGCAGCUUCUGGUAUUCAUGCAGAACUGCUACAAUCACAAUCACAGCAAUCACAGUCACAUCAUGGCAUGAGCGAGCAAUCAACACAACGGAGUUUGAAUGCACUUGAUGUUCAAUUUGGUGAUAUUCAUCUAGCUUCGAGCGAUGGCGAGGAGUGGCCGAGUAGUACAACACGCCAUGAACAACCAGGUACACAACUCCGUCCACUCGGCCCUUUGGAUGCACAAUUACCAGCAUCCUUGGAUUCGAAUGGUAUCUCCUAUUUCGCCAGACAUGGCCCCGUUGCUGCGUCUGUACCGCACUCAACAGGGUUCGGUAUGCCUGAUCGUCCAUCGCAUCCGUCUUCACCAUUACAUCAAGCCUUCGCCAUACAACCUUCUACUUCAUUAUUUGCGCCGACAUUGGGGACUCCCCCUCGAGCGACUAUAGGGAGUCUGACACUCGGUCGAGCAAUGUUUGAAAGACGCGCCAGUGCCUUUGAUACACAACCUAGCGGCUCUCAAGACCCUUGGAGCAAUCUUGGCACAGCGCGUAGUAAGACUUCUGCAAGAGCUACACCGCAUGAAGAUCGCUCAGAGGAUCCAUUCUUGUUUGAGGAGGAUUUCGUACCUUCGUCACUCACUGAAUUAUUGACACCUGCUGAACGGCAUCGUCGGUUGUCUAGUAGUAAGCUACCACCUGCGACAAUGCGGGAUGAGAUGGCGCCGAGUGCACAAGCGUCCAAGAGUCCAACCGGUUCCUUAUCAGGCUCGCCUUCGUCUUCUCGAUUUGGAGCAUUAUUCCUGAAACAUAAAGAAAAGGAGACAUUAUCACCGGGUCUGUCACCGGUAUCACUAGGACAAUUACCAGUCAGUGCAUCGUAUGCUGGAUCUUCCUCAUCACCGAGAAUCAAUCAUGCGUUAAUGACGGUUGGUUCUCCCUUGGCGAGAGACGUCCGGUCUGCAGCAACGAGUCCGAGUAAUUUCCUCGUGAGUCCUGUGAGGCCUUCUUUGGCAGUCCAUGGGAGUAGCUUGCGCAGUGCUGGUGGCAUGACUGACUUGAGGGGAGAAGCGAAAGAGUUCAAGACGGCUGUCGCUGCUGCUGCUGCUGUGCAGAGUGAUGAGGAGCCCUUUGAGAUGGAUAUAUGAGCGGAUGAAUAAUGAAAAAAGACAAUAGAAGCAAGUAGAGAGCAAGGUCUACUAUAGUCCAG